AUGAAAUCUGUGAAUAUUUUGAAAAUGCUAGAAGCUAACAAAGAAAAUAGAAACUUUUAAUUUGUUUAAAAUAGAUAAACUAGAGUUUAAUCUACUCUCUAUAUUAAAGAUGAGUUAUCUCAAUAAAAUAUUAAACCAAGAGUUAUUAGAGUUUCAAAAUGGAAUAAAUCACAAAAUAUAAGAGAGAAUUCAAAAAGAGAGGAUCAAAGGCAUAUUAGUUAUGAAAUGCCCAGAUAAAAAACUGAUUAAUAUUAGCAUAUUUAAAGAACUUUAAAAAAUAGAAGUUUAACAAACAUCUAGAUUUCUAUCAUUAAUUAAACUCAUAAUAAUAAUAAUAAUAAUAAUAAUAACAAUGCUUCAAUAUCAUUACCUAAUAGUAAUAAAUGUAAACUUUAUUUUUUUAUUUGUAGAUUUAAUUACAAAAGGAUUAGAUAAAUUUUCAUCAAUAGAAAAUUAUAGUAAUCCAUAAUUAGUUAAAACUUAUAAAUAAGAUAUUUAUAAUUAUCUUAAAGAACUCAAUCAAAAGUAAUAACAAUAAUUAUAAAAUGCUAUCUCAUAUAAUGCAUUUUAUUCAUAAAGUUAAAUAACUCUAAAAAUGAGAAAUGUUCUUAUUAAUUGGCUCUUUGAAGUGCAUCAUAAACUAAAAUUGCAGUUAGAAACUCUUCUGCUUACUGUAUGGCUUAUAGACAAGUAUAUUAAAAUUUAUUAUAAAGAUUUAUUGAAACCCAUUUAGUAUAAAAAAAUAGAUUUCAACUUUUUGGAAUUGCUUGUUUAUUCAUUGCAUCAAAAUGUCAGAAUCAAAAAUAAUGA